GCUCCUCUCAAAUUUUCUCUAAGGCCAGCCACACAACUGUGCCUCGCUCAACAUUCCUCAUGUGAAGUCUAUCUAUAAAGAUGGACACUAAUGCCACUCAAUCCCUGCCUAAUGGUCUGGAUGAAGAUCAGUACAUCCAGCAGCUUCUGAUCGAAGCACAGGCUCGACUUCAGUCGUCGUCCUCGGCUGACAAGUCUUUGACUUCGAUCUCAGAAAUAUCACAGGACAUACCCAAAGUACCCAAGCUGCCUGCUAGUGCCGCUCUCAAACCCUUCAUUGAGCAAAACGAUGAGGUUGCCACUAUAAACAACUCACAGUUUCCCUUGCCCUCCAUGGUUGACCCUGCCGAAAAGUCAGUCUCUCGUGUAUCGAAUUCUUCAAGUAAACAAAAGGAAAAGGAUAAUGCGGGUAGUGAUUGGUUCAACUUGCCAAAGACGAGGAUUACUACAGAGUUGAAGAGGGACUUGCAGCUUUUACGAAUGCGCAACGUCCUAGACCCGCACAGACAUUACAAAAAAGAGAGUGGCAACGCUAUACCCGAGUAUUCUCAGGUUGGAACUAUUGUCGAAGGCCCAACCGAAUUCUUCAAGUCUCGUAUUGUGAAGAAGGAGCGCAAGCAGACCUUCGUCGACGAGGUUCUUGCUGGAGAGCAACAGUCAGGCCGAUUCAAAACCAAGUAUAACCAAAUCCAAGUCGCCAAGACCAGUGGGAAGAAGGCAUACUACAACCGUCUACGGGCAAAAAGACGACGUUGAGCUAUUGUCACUAUUGUGGGAGAUUGAUAGCUACUUUAACGACAUCUUGCUAUACAUCUCGGUUCUUCUCAAAGACGUCAGUGAUGACUUGCACGACAAGCCGCUACGGUUUCAGUCAGUCGUCUAUUUCCAAUUCUUGGAAAGGGAUCGGUUGACUCACUUGUAUAUCUUGGGCAGCUUGUCUCCCAGCCUCGAGGACUUCUUGAUGAUCCGCCUUUCCUUCCUUUAGGAUAGUGUCUAGAUCACCACUAGACGUCGAUUGAAGGAGGUGGUCAUCCCCUCGAGGCACUGGAGUGAGAACAGCAUUGUUUGUGACGAGACUGAAUGCUAAUACACGCAUGCCAGCAUGCCUAGCCACAAUAAUUUCCGGAACAGUGGACAUGCCUACCACAUCUGCGCCGAGUUGCCUCAGCAAGCGACAUUCGGCACGUGUCUCGUAGCUGCAUAUGUUUCAAUUAGCACCCUUCUUUGUGCACUUGAACAACGAAAAGAUUUUCAUACCUCGGUCCCGAGACAAAAGCAUAAACUCCCUCAUGGAGUCUCCUUUUCUCCGACUUUGUGAUACCUUGCCAUGCCGUAUGGACGCAACGGCGGAGUGACAGAUCGUAUGCAUCUGACAGUGGAGGGAAACGGACACCAAAUUCAUCCACAUUUGGUCCACGCAAAGGAUGUAGCCCGGAAAGACCGGCAAGAAAGAUGUGCUACAGCAGUUUAUUAGCAAAGCAAUAGCAUGUUUUGAUGCAUUGGCGUGAUUUGCCCUACAUCGUUGAGAAGUGUUAUAUCUCCGACUGCAUAUUCAGGAUUGAGACCUCCCGCAGCGUUGGUCACUGAUUAGUUAGCAGAAGUGCUCCUAAAUAAGCAAAUCAAGUCAAAUUCAAACCUACAGAUUAUUGUUUCUGCUUCAAGAAGCUUGAGAACACGGAUAGGGAACGUUACAUCCUCUAUGGAGUGGCCUUCAUAGUAA